ACUGGUGGCACUGGGAGCUGUGUCCUGUCCUGGUGGCUACUGGGAGCUGUAGUCCACGGUCAGGGGUGACACUGGGAGCUGUAGUGCAGGGCGCACUGGUGCGUGCUGGGAGCUGUGACCCAGCGCACUGGCUCGGCCGUGGCAGCAUGGGGGGGAUGCAGUCGCUGGCGCUGCCCCUGGGGAAGGGCCCCCACCAGGUGGGCUGCGCGGAUGUCAUGGUGGGCCACACGCGGCAGGGGCUCUUCCUCCGCCUCUUCUACCCCUGCCUGCCCCGGGCAGGGGCCGAGCGGCCGCUCUGGAUCCCGCGCUACGAGUACUGCGGUGGCCUGGCCGACUUCGCCCACCGCAGCCGGCGCUGGUGCGCGCCCCUGCUCAACGCCACCAUCGGCUCCUGCAGGGUGCCGGUGAGCUGGAAUGGACCUUUCAAGCCCUGCAGCAGGAGGUACCCACUGAUCAUCUUCUCCCACGGCCUGGGAGCCUUUCGGACCCUCUACUCCUCGGUCUGCUCGGAGCUGGCGUCCUGGGGCUUCGCGGUGGCAGCGCUGGAGCACAGGGACCAUUCUGCCUCCGCGACGUAUUUCUGCCCGGCGGAGGCCGGGAGCGAGGAGUGGAUUCCCUACCAACGCGUGCCUCAAGGACAGAAGGAGUUUUAUUUCCGAAACAAGCAGGUUCAUCAGAGAGCGGAGGAAUGCGUGCGAGCGCUCCGGCUCUUCGAGGACAUUGACAGCGGUAAAUCUGUCCUGAACGUCCUUCACCAGGACUUCGAUCUCUCCGUGCUGAAGGACAGCAUCGAUCUGACCAAAGUCGCCGUCAUGGGCCAUUCCUUCGGCGGGGUGACGGCAGUGCUGGCCUUGGUGAAAGAGCCCAGCUUCAGGUGCGCGGUGGCUCUCGACGCCUGGAUGUUCCCCCUGGAGAACGCGCUGUACCCGGAGGUGCCCAAGCCCGUGCUCUUCAUCAACACCGAGAAGUUCCAGACGCCGGAAAGCGUUGCCAAAAUGAAGAGGCUGAGCUCCAGAAACAGCCAGACAAAGAUUAUCACCGUCCUGGGAUCUGUGCACCAGAGCCAGACUGACUUCACCUUUCUCACCGGGAAGCUCCUCAGCCGCAUCUUCGGCGCGAGGGGGACCCUCGACCCCUACAAGGGUCUGGACAUCACCAGCCGGGCGGCUCUGGCCUUCCUGCAAAGGCAUCUCAACCUGGAAGAGGAGUUCCAUCAAUGGGACGACCUCCUCGAAGGCAUCGGAGAUUCGGUUGUUCCAGAAGCCCCAUUCUGCCGCCCCAACCUGUAGCCGGCUCCGAGGUCGCUGGUGGGAGCCGGCCACCGGGAAAGCGGCUGCUUCUUGUCCAAAAUCAGGAGACAACAAGGGCAGGAGGACGCACGGGGAGAGCAGGGCCUGGGGACCAUGCUUGGAGGACGUCUGGUGGCCAGGGUGCUCAGCAAGUGUUCCAGGAGAACCCACCACCGCCUGCAGUGAGGGCUGUGGGGCUAAGGGAAUAAAAUCCCUGGGGACAAUGA